UUUAACCAGCAAAGGCCACCUUGAUUAUGCAACAUAAUUUGCAUAUAAAUCCACUCCCCUCUUUUCCCUCCUCCCAUAGCCAGCUCGACCUGUAAUAACAUCAAGAAGAAUGGAAAACUUCCCUCCAUUGCUUUACAGAAACCCCAAAAGAAGCUCUAGGCAAUCAAGUAGAUACCUUGGAGUAAGGAGAAGACCAUGGGGGAGAUAUGCUGCCGAGAUUCGCAAUCCAUAUACUAAAGAGAGGCAUUGGCUAGGCACGUUUGACACUGCUGAGGAAGCUGCUGUAGCAUAUGAUCUAUCCUCCAUCUCUUUUAGUGGCAUUGAAAGAGCUCGUACCAACUUUUACUACCCUUUCUUCGCGCAUCCCUCUCCUUCACAAGAGGCGCCUCCACCUCCACUGCCACCGCCUGAGAUGGAGAAGGGUGAUCAACUUGGUAUGGAGGACGUAGGUACCACACAAGAUGACGAGUCUAUUGCUAUUGCUUCUAUCUUGCAAAGCUUUUGCCAGUCCACUAGUUAUUCUUUCCAUCCACAAAUUUAGAAUUGCUUCCUGGUAAUUAACUAUUUCCUUUCCAUAAAGAUGGCAAUAACGCUCUUGAAAUCCUUUUGAAGUUCGGGAAUGGAAAGUAGAGAAUUUCAUCAA